AUGCCACGAGACGGUUAUCGCGAACCUGGAUAUUACUGGAGUAGCUCAAGCUUGUACUGGGCCGUUCAGAGUGGGAAUGAGGAGAUAGUGGAGGUCCUUCUCGCACACCUCAACAAAACGAAGAUAGAGAUUCCAAAUAUUAAGGUGGAACCUCUUGAACGUGCACUGCAUUAUGCUGCUCGAAGUGGCUAUUUUUCUAUUAUGAAAGUGCUGCUUGACCUUGACUCUGGCACCGGUCGACCAUCAAAUUAUGAUAGGAUUUUAUCUUCUGCGCUAGGAGAGGAAGCUUAUUGGUACAAAGAGAGAGAUUGCUCUUGCAGAAAGCAAUAUGUCGACUCUGGAUCCGGAAAGAAACUAGUAACGGACCAUUUUGCUACGGUGAAGCUACUACUGGAUCUUGGUGCCCACGCCAACUAUACCAAGUCUUUUUCUCCUGACUCAGAGCACAAACCGAUAUUACUUGCACUGUUCAAGUGUAGUUCCAUCUCCAACGGCAUUGUGAAGCUGCUUGUCGAACGUGGCGCAAGCGUGGACAGCGAAGAAGUGUUCCACGGGUUCAUAGAAACCUCCAACCAAUGUACGUUCUCCAAUGAAGAAACAGCAAAGCUUUUUUUCGACCAUGGAGCAAGUUUGAGAGUGUGGGAUUACAUCGGUAAGACUGUACUAAACAGGAACAACAAAAAGGCCUUGAUAGAACUGCUCGUUGCUUGCAGCCCCGCCCCAGGCAAAGUCGAUGGCUGGGGUCGAGAACCACUGGAUGCUUUAGUGGCCAAAAGGAACUCCACAGGUAGGGCUGAAUUGUUGAGGCAGCUGUUAGACCUUGAUGCCCAUAUAACAUACCCAAUUACCGCUGGGCCAGCCCCACUUCAAUCGGUCGUCUCGGAUGAUACAGAGUCAUAUGGAUGCGAUCCAGAUGUAGCUCAUGAACCUUGCUUUUCAUUCAUUUACAACACGGUCAAGCAUCUUUUGAGCUACGGAGCAUAUGGGACCACCGGGGACAGCGAGGGACAGACACCCCUUCACAAAACCGACAACAAGCGUCUCAUGGAGCUUCUCCUCGCCUAUGGAGAGAAAGUCAACACGGUGGACUCCUAUGGUCAAACACCGCUGCAUGCCAUGACAUACGGAGCAUCAAAAGCAAUGGUUGAACCAAUCAAGUUGCUUUUAAAACAUGGAGCAGAUAUCGCUGCAAAGAACGCCGAUGACAACACACCUCUCCACCUGGCAGUGCUGACAUCGGACUGGGAAGUGGUCAAGUUGCUUAUUGACCACGGGUCGGAUCGAAAUGCCCGCAAUUCCGAAGGGGAGACCCCAAUGGAUCUUUUGUCACGUCGUCGAAGUAGUCGGGAGCAGUUUUCCUUUAACAGAAGUAAAAAGGGAGAUUUGAUGGCUUUCAGAGUCCAAAAGCUCAUAGAUGUGUAUUGGCGCGGGUGGGAGUAUUUUUGGACUCCUCCACCUUUUUAUCAUCAGUAUUAG